AAUAAAGAGGAACAGGUGGCUGGAGAGUUUCAUUCGGGGCAAGUCAGAGACGCUGAACGGAUCGGACCCAGCCGUCCAGCUGCUGUGUCACUUGCAUAUCCCAACCCAGCGGCUCCCAAUCGAAGCGACUGGCCGAGAUGAAAACCCCCCUCGCUUUCAUGCUGCUGCUGCUGCUGGGGUUGGUGCUGCCCGCCCCUGUGGAGAUGGCAGAAGACACCCUGCUGUAUCCCUAUGGACCAACCCAGGGCGACCAGCAGAACCCCAAAGUUGACGAUGGGGCAUCACCGGAGAUCCCCAUCUCCAUGACCUUCACCUUCUAUGGCAAGGAGCACCGUUCCCUCUAUGUGAACAACAAUGGCGUGGUGUCCUUCGGCGUGUCCGUCUCCCAGUACACCCCCGACCCCUUCCCCUUGGCUGAUGGCCGACCCUUUGUGGCCCCCUACUGGGGCGAUGUGAACAACAACCUGGGUGGGGAGAUCUACUACCGGGAGACCCAGAACCCCGAGCUGCUGCGCCGCCUCACCAGAGACAUCAACCAGUACUUCCCGGAGAUCCCCUUCACUGCCACAUGGGCCUUCGUGGCCACCUGGGACCGUGUGGCCUACUACGGCUCUACCUCCCAGAAGGUGAACACAUUUCAGGCUGUGCUGGCAAAUGACGGCAAAGUCACCUUCAUCAUGCUGAACUAUGGCACGAUCCAGUGGACCACGGGCACAGCGAGUAGCGGAGACCCCAACACCGGCCUAGGGGGCACUCCCGCCCAG